CUCCGCUGUCGACGCCGCCAGCUUCCUUCUUGUAAUCCUAUUGUCGAGUAUUUACCAUCCGACUAUCACUCGAACCUCUCGAACCGCACGCUUUCUCCAUCAUGGCUUUUUGCUUCGUUGUCGGCAGUAAAGACUUCACGAGCCAGUUGAAAGGCUAUGAAGGAAUAACUGCUCAGUGUCACAACUGCGGAAACUGGUCAGCGCAUCCCAUUCAAUCUUGGGACUGGUUUACCUUCUGCUUCGUGCCUGUCAUACCGCUGGGAGGCAAACACAAGGACCUUGUUUGUUCCAUCUGCCGGUUUCGUCAAGAUCUACGGAAUCGACCAGACGUACAGUCGCAACAUGGCCAAGGACCAACGCCACAUCCUCAACAACAAGGUCCUCCUCAGGGCUGGGGAGGACCUCCGGGACAACAACAGAUGCGGUAUCAGUGAUAUACUGGGACGAAAGAGUUGAUUGGCUUGGAAUACACGACGUCUCCCAUCACACCGAUUCCACUUCGACUCCUUCGGUAUCGCGCAGCGGUCGAACUGUUCGUAUCUACAUUAACCAAGGCAACGACUUAUGCCAUCAACAUGAAUCUGCUGCAUGUCUAUUCUUAAUGAAGGGACUUCGACUUCGUCAACCAGGAUAUCAGUUUGGAGAUCUUCUUUACUGUCUCGAACCCCGGCCUUGCUCUACGAGGCUGUUUCCUGAACCUCAGAUCACAACAUGUUAAGCGAGCGCAAGUGUUUAAUGCCGAGGACAAGCGAUGCAAGAUAAUCGUUCUCGGAAAUGCAUGUCUUCGGAGACAGUGGUGGCGUUGAUGAAGGCGUCUACCAACAUUCUAAGAACACGGCUCCCUUCUACCACAGGUGACAUGGGUGGCUUUGGGAUGUAAUCCUAACAAGGUCACGAGCAGCGGGGAUGUCGACUCAAUGUCCUAGCUCAAUAGGAAGCCAAUUGGGCUCUGAACCCCAUGAGAGGAGUAGCAUCGCUGGCGUUCGAGGCUUGGAUGACAUAAUGUGUUAAUGGCUGGUCUGGGGACCUUUACUGCAUUUCCCGAAUCUUAUCAAGCUUCCUCGCGCUCAGUGUUUGACCAACCAUAACCAUCGGAGGGCUCUUUGUGGACCUGCAAUGCAGUUCUCCAGACACAAAAGGAGCGGACAGUUGCAGAUCACGUGAUAUACUUUUCAAAGGCGGUGAAACCGGCAGAAUCUUACGAGUCGAAUAUAAAUUUCCUGU